AUGUGCAAGAUGGAGGAGGGGCUGGGUGGUAGGCAGCCAGGGCGAGGAAGCCGGCCCAGCACCCAGAGGACAUGGGUGACAACGCAGCUUCCCCACGACAGGUCCCAUGAUCCAUCAGCCUACAGAAUCCUGCUAGGGUGCUGCUAUCGGCUAAAAGCUCCUACCUCACACAGCCGGCAGGCAUCAGUGUAACGGAUCACCGCCAACACUGACUUUAACAAGCGCUGCUACAUGGGGAGUGACAUCACCCUGUUGCAGCUGCAUCGGCCUGUGGACUUUUCCGACUACAUCCGCCCCAUCUGCCUACCGGGACCUAACACACAGCUGCCCCCUCAUACCUCCUGUUGGAUAACUGGCUGGGGGAUGGUCACCGAGGAACGGUUCCUGUCUGCUCCCUGCACGCUGCAGGACAGAGACGUUGAUGUCAUGGACAGUCAGCUCUGUACAUCAUAUUUCCAGGGGCCAGAUCCCAACAACCGUACCUAUGCUAUACACGAUGACACGCCGUGUGCCAGGGACCUCAUGACAGGAAAGUCCAUCUGCCGAGGAGAUUCCGGGGGUCCCCUUGUCUGCCAGCUGAAUACCACCUGGUUUCUGAUGGGGCUGUCCAGCUGGAGUCUGCCCUGCCAGGAGCCCAUAAGCCCCAGCGUCUUCACCAAGGCCUCCUACUUCGCCCAGUGGAUCUCCGAGAAGCAGGCUGCCUCACCCAAUCCUGACCCUUCCACCCCUCCUGAGAGCAAACCUCCUUCUGUGCCCAGCUUUACUCCUCUGAGCAAUGUCCACAAGCCCAGGAGCUUCCUAACACUUGUGACUUCACAGACCUUCCUCCUGCUGCCGAGUUUCCUCUGGACAUGGUGGCUGUGA